UCAGAGAAUACCCUGAAACCCCCAGAACAGGACUGAUCAACACACAACCUGGCUUGUCGGGUCUAAAUCCAUUGACAGAGCAAGGAAAUGACAUGCAUUUAAUACAAGCCUGACUGUGCAGAAAUCGAGUGCAAAUCUGAUUCAAGCAGCAACUAAUUAUGAACAGAGAAAAAUACACAAGGUGAAAAGGCCGAGCCGACUGGACAGUAGGCAGCAGCACGCGAAGGAAAAGCCAAGCCCCAUUUUGAAGCAGUUAUGAAAAAAAGAGAAAGUAGCUGGUGAGUGACUGUGUGAGAGGAAAGAGGUGAGCCGCCCUGUUUAUAAGAGCUGCCUGGGAGACCUGACCCCUUGUUACUCCUGUUUACCAAAUCCAGUUUCAAACUCACAGCAGAACAAUGGCUGCUGUAACUCCUGGUUACAAGAUGAGUUUACUGUAAAUACAUACCGGCUUUGCAGCUUUACCACACACACAGACAGCAUACAAGGAAGUGACUCUAACACUGUGUGCACAAGUGCAUUAAGACACACAUAGACUGGUUGUUGAAUUGGAAUUACGGGCGCCCUGGGAGACGAGAUGAAAUGAUGGAACAUGUAGUUAUUUAGACAUUUUCAUCCCAUCUCCAAGUUCCUCUUGUUUAAUUUGGAGCAGAGCCAUUUCACAGCCAGCACUUUUAACUGCAGCUUUGACAUUGGGAAUCAGCAGCAAUCCAGUGGAAAGAGAGGAAUAAUCACCAUCCGUUCACCUUCUCCUCCUCCCAACCCAGCGAGGGGGAGGGGGGCUCUCUGUUUGAGAUGGCUGAACUCUGGCCACCUAACUUCGAGUGUCCCAUCUGCUUCGCCCCCUAUGACAACGCCUUCAAGACUCCCCUCAAGCUACCCGCCUGCUCCCACACCUUCUGCCUGGAGUGCCUGUCUCAGAUGUGCCUCUUCCUCAAGCCCUUGCAGAUCUUCCACUGCCCCCUCUGCAGGGCCCCCGUCCCCGUGCCCCCUGGCGGGGCCCCGAGCAUGCCGCCCAACAUGGAGGUGGUGUCCCAGCUGCCCCCCUCCCAGCGCGGGCCCCUGCGGAGGGUCUGGCUCCAGGGGUCCGAGCUCUGCUACUGGAAGCUGCAGCCCCCCUACAGCGAAGGGCAGGAGGAAAUCGGGCAGGACGCGGUAGUCCGGCUCCAGCUGAUCCAAGCUCCCCUGGGCCAGCCGAGCCCCCCCAGGCAGGCAGACCUCAUCCCAGUGAGAGCUCAGAGCAGGCAGCUCUUCAGACAGGCCUGCCGCAACUUCUGGUGUCUGGGUGCGGUGCUCCUGCUCUCCACCAUCAUGCUGUUCUCAGCCAUCUUCUUCCCCGUUUACAUGAACUGGCAUUGGAAUUAGAACCCAGGCAGGCCGGGCUGAAAGUGACAAGGGUAAGGGAGGUGGGGAGGGGGUACGUCUUGGGCUUGAGUUUUAAAUGAUAAAGGGGGGUGGGUUCAGAUUUGGAUGGUUUCAGUUCUGCAUGGCUCUCAGAUGACAAUGCCAAUGUGUUUUAGUGGGGGUUUUUUUGUAUAUUAUACAGUACAAGAACAUUAUCUGAAAGUAGAAAUAAGUAAUAUUAUUUAAAAAAUCUUGGGAAAAAAUCCUUUGUCCUUAGAGUAAAACAUACAUUUGUAGCGGCCAAUUAGAAACACUAAAAUAUGAAACUUAACGCAUUCAGUGAUUUUCGUGAAAUCUGAACUGUUUGGCAUUUAAUUUUUGUCCCAAGCACAUAUGGAGGGUGAUGAUGACCGAGGCUCUGGCACUGUGUAAGGACUAGCUUGGGCUGUGGUUUUGCUUGUUAGGAGACUCACUGUGACAGGCUGUUGUUCCCAGCUCGGCGUGUGAACUCUACUCUAGCAGAGUGCCUGCAGACAUGCCCUGGCUUGCUAUGGACAACAUGUAUACAACAAGCUAUUACAAGAGAUUAGGAAACAACUUGAGUGAACUCGCUGGUCUUGGAACUGUGCUUCUCACUGACCAUGUUUUCAGUGAUCUUGUUAAAGGACGGUUAUUUUUUCUGUUUUGAAUGAAUAAAUGUUUGUAAAACUUUUCAAGACUUUUGUCAAGUUAUUGAGAUAA